CCGCCGCGCGGCGGCUGUGAAAGCGCGGGGCGGCGGCCGACAUGUUCCAGGGCGCGGACGGCCAAGCUGGCGAGUCGGGUUCCAGGUCCAUGAAGCCCCCAGGAGGAGAAUCGAGCGAUCUUUUUGGAAAUCCAGAAGAAGGUAUUACUUCAAGCAAGCCUAAUAGGAUGGCAUCUAAUAUUUUCGGACCAACUGAAGAACCUAAACACAUACCCAAGAGGGCAAAUCCUCCAGGAGGCAAAGGAAGUGGGAUCUUCGAUGAAUCUGCUCCUGUGCAAACUCGACAACGUUUGAAUCCACCCGGUGGGAAGACCAGUGACAUAUUUGGGUCCCCAGUCACUGCCACUGCACCUCUGGCACACCCAAACAAGCCCAAGGAUCAUGUUUUGCUGUGUGAAGGUGAAGACUCUAAGUCUGACCUGAAAGCUGCAACAGACUCCAGAGGAGAACAGGGCGACAAAGGAAGCUCAAAAGAAGUAGAGCAUACAAAGAUACCGGACCCCACACCUACGGUCGACAGUCAUGAGCCCAGACUGGGGCCACGACCUCGCUCCCACAACAAAGUCCUGAACCCACCAGGAGGCAAAUCCAGCCUCUCUUUCUAUUGAGAGGCUCCUGCUCUGCCUGUAACUAGAUCAGACAGAGAUAGAGUAUUAAAUGUUAGUGUUUCCUUUAAUUCAAAUGAGCUGGGGUGGGAGAGGGUUUGUCAUGUGUGGGGGUUGACUGCUCAUAAGCGUUGUUGUCAUCGGAAGAGCUGUGCCGAGGACUGUGCCUUCUAGACUGCCAAGACAUACAUUGUGGGAUAAACUGGGAUGCUCUGGUCUCUCCUCUGACUGCUCGCUGUGAAACACAUCUGUACAGUUGUGGGGAAGGCAGAAGAGCUGGGCCUUUAGCAGAAGGAUGCCAGGGUCUGUCUUGACCUUGUGUCAGCAGGCUGCUGGCGGUUGGGCAUCUAAGUAUGGUUUGGUUGAAAAAGAACCCACACUACUCUCACUGUGGGCUGGAGGAGACACACAUGAACAGAAACUCUUACAAAGUGGAGUCCACAAUAGGCCUUGCAGGAAAUGCCUAUCACUGAAUGCUCCCCCUCGGAGAUACCUCAGAACCCUAAUGUCUCCUCUCCUUCCCCCAUUAUGUCACUCUGUAGUAUUGAAACAUGAUUGCUCUUUUUGGUAGCAGUCAACAGGAAAUCAAGCCGUUAUUCUCAGUCCUGUCCUGGGUGGAAGGUUUUUUUAUACACUAAUCUUCUGAGUUGUCCCAUACCUGGACCUAAAAUACCGGCCAGGUCUGAGGUCUGUCUUCCUCUACAGUUGGCUUAGUUCCUAGCACGCCAGAUUUGCAUGUGGGUGGUUCCUUUUGUUUGUCUCAUCAGCCUUAAGCAUAGGCCUUAGUUCUGCACCUGUGAGGGGUUUGCCCUCUUCAUGGUUCCUCCUGUACAUAAGGUCUCUGGCCUCUGCAGAGCCACAUAUGUCCAGAUAUUGGGUGGAUCCCUGUUCUCCUGUCUUGCUUUGCUCCUGCAGUUGGGAGGAAAGCCUGCUGAAGGAUGUUAGGUUGGAUACCUGUGCAUUGCUUCAGCGCUUAGAAAAGUGCUACCCUGUACACCAAAACACAAGAGCUGCCUUUAGAAAGCUUUAGACUUGACCUUGCUCAUAAGCAGCGUCCGUAAGCCAGGAUACUAAGUGUUCUGUCAGUAAGGUCAGAACAGUCAUUUGACAGCAGAGGUACUGGGCUCCAGAGUCGUGUCACUUCCUGUCAGCCGGAUGUCCCUCCUGUUCAUCCCUCGAGGGGUUUCUUCUUCCCUGAGUGGUGCUGCUUUGCUUCUAGUGCCUGCAGAGAGCUUCUUAGCAGGUGCCAGAGAUGUCCCCAGUCAGUCUUGGAAAGGUGGCAAUCCUAUAGUCACACAAUGACACACUGACCUACAAGUGCCUGCCGGAGCCACCCGCUGAGCUCGGCGUCCUCCCCGGGCUAUUGAGGGGUCUGACCAUGGCUUUAUCAACCAAAGAGUUCCCCCCUUCAGCUGCCCUGUAUUCUGAAGCCAAGUAACAUGUCUUACAUGUAUGUAAUUCUGUAACAACUCAAAUGGUUUGUGGCUCAGUCAUCAGGAUCUAUUUUGGAAUUUAGAGCAUUUUUUUUUCCAUUUAAGAAAAUGUCAUAAAUGAUGUUUGCUUUAUCUAGCCCAGACACUAACUUUUUUAGCUUAUAAGGAAAUGAUU